UGGUCCUCUUUCGCACUUUGCCCCUCGUUUCCGGCCAUUCCCAGCAAAACUAUGGACCCCAUCGCCAUCGUCACCGGCGUCGCGCAGGUCGGCAUCAAGCUCGCCGGUAUCAUCAAGGAGGUCCGAGAAAGGACAAAAGACGUGCCGCAGGAGCUCAGCGACUGGCAGGGUCAAAUCGAGGCCUUCAACGAGAUCACCAGGGCCGUACAGAAGGAAGACUUUCUGCGGACUGCCGAGGUUUGCAAGAUUUUGGAGAGGUGUCUGGAAAAGCUAGAUCGAAUCGCCGGCGAUCUUGCAGAGCUCCAGACCGAGCUAGACAGUCUGGUCAAAAAGACUUGGAGCGCGGUUUGCGGCGAAAAGAAGGAAGACGACAUUCGCAAGAAGUUCUCGGCUUUCGCGGAAGAGCUAGGUCCCUUGCAGAUCCAGCUCCAAUUGCUCAGUUCAAAAAGAACACAGGACAAACUCGACACGGUCCAUCGUAACCAAGAGAGAUAUCAUGUCCAAGCGAUGUGAUGAAUAACGGCACCGAUGAGGAAAAAUGUCUGAAGGCCCUCUUCUGUACGGUCCCAGAGGUGACCAACCCCAAGGACGACCGAGCCGGUUUGCUCACCAGCAAAGGUCAGAUUGUAGAGGGCACGUGCGAUUGGAUUGUCAACAAGUCCGAGUUCAUCGAAUGGGAACGCAAGCGGGGGAUUCUUUGGAUCUCGGGGGGUCCUGGUCUGGGAAAGACGAUGCUGUCAAUACAUUUGACCAGACACAUCGAGGACAUGUCCACCUCGGACCACGAAAAAUCGCAGCAAUCCACGACAAUCUAUUUCUUUUGCAACAGCAGUCAACGAAGCAGUGGUAUAUCCCUCAUAAGGGGCCUCAUCAGCCAACUCCUUCACAGCAACGGGGCUCUUUACAAGCACAUCUUGCCCGACUUCAAGGCGCGCGGCACCAGCAUUUUCGAAUCAAACCAAAGCUCUUUUGAGACACUUUGGAGGAUGUUCAUCGCCAUGGUCCAUGAGAACUCUUUGGGAAACGUGUCUUGCAUCUUGGAUGGCCUCGACGAAUGCGACAAAGAGUGGCUGGAAGUUUUAACGAUCAAGAUCAAAGAGUUGCCCAUCAUUGCGCCUCGCUUGGGUCUCAUUGUUGUCAGCCGCGAGUAUCCCACCUGUCUCUCGAACUCAAUGGGAAACUCACCCAGGAUCUGCCUAGAUCCAGACUCCAAGGACGAAAUCAACGCGGGCCUUGAGCUGUACAUUGCAUCGCAAAUGGCGGAGCUGACCAAGACCUCGAAUGGCAGGUUUCCGCCAACGCUCUUGCAGAAGGUGGAAAAGACGAUCCGGGAAAAGUGCGACGGGACCUAUUUGUGGAUCAGCUUCGCCAUCAAGGAGCUCCAGACAAAGGAACCGAGUGAGGUGGAGGACGUCCUGCGCGGAAUGCCCAAGGGGCUCGACGACAUGUACGCAAGGAUGCUUAACCAGAUCGACGAGAGCCGCCGGGAUGUCGCCGAGCGGUUGCUCAGGUGGUGUACAUUCCUCCGGGGUACGCUUACUUUAGGUCACGUGGUUGGGGUCCUGAUCGACGCCUGUCAGGGGGGCGAGACGCUGGACCCCCUAGAGGCUGCCAGAGGCUUUGUCGCCUAUUGCGGGCACCUUUUGUCGAUUGAACAGAGCCAGCCUAUUGAUGAAAGGGUGUCUAUUUAUGCAAUCGAGUCUUAUAAAAUCAAGUAUCUCAAAAUCACCUUUGUUCACCAAAGUGUCAGAGACUUCCUCACUCGGACCGUACAAUCCAAAACAGUCUCCACAUGGCUGGCACCGUUCGAACCUACGAGAGAGAAUGCAGUGCUCGCCUCUGAAUGCCUCGGCUAUAUCGAGAAGCAUCAUGAUUCACGGCUUUCAAUGUCACUAGCAGAAACGGAUUCUAUUUCUGACGAUUUCCUAAUGUACGCCUUGGGAAACUGGUUUAGGCAUACGAGAGAGGCGGGCAACGCCUUUGGACCAGAUUUCUUGAACAAGCAUUCAAAGAUCCUUGCAAAUGAGCAUUCCAAAGAGCUCCGCGUUCCUUUGAGAAGCGAUGGGUACUUUGUCGGCUUAGUCCAACGUUAUGAAGGUCCAACGGGGCUCCUAGGCCUGGCAUGCUACGCGGGCAUCGAGCAUCUCGCCAGGCAACUGGUCCAGGCCAGGACAAAGCCGUUUCGACGUUUGCCUAGAGCCGUUUAUCACCUACGUGUUUUCAAGGCUUCUGACUAUGAUACUGAGGGCCUUUCGCCUCUUCACAUCGCAGUCCGCGAGGGUUUAAUUUCCAUUGUCAAAGCUUUGAUUGACAGCGGUGCAGAUAUUGAUCACUGCGGCUAUAACCCACUCGCAAAAAAGCUCACUCCACUAUCUACAACCAUAGGUUAUGAACCUCUUCACUCCAAUGAGAUGGCGGAAUUUCUGCUGCAAAACGGCGCUGACCCAAAUGCCGGAUUCCCGCCCGCAAUAUGCUUAGUUGCCGGAAAGGUCUCGAAUAAACCACGCGAGAGGAUCCAAGAGAUUCGCCUUCUGCUCAAGUACGGUGCUGAUGUGCGCAAGCGAGGUAUCGACCAGAGGAACGCGCUGCACGAGGCAUUGCGGACAACUGAACGGUUGAGAAGUGGUAUGUCGCGUAAUACUCGGAGCGAAGCGCGCACGGAAGCAUUGCAAAGACAUGAUUGUGGGAUUUUGGACGUCCUUGAAGUCCUUGCGUGCGCUCCCCAUGGGCGGGAGGCUGCGGGUGCAGUAGAUGUCCACGGCGAAACGGUCUUUCUACUAGCGGCCAGGUCAAUGGCGGCGCAUUAUUGUAACCCGGCCAAGUGGGGAGCCGAACGGGCCGCACAGGCCAAAGACAUGAAAUAUUUGCGGUGGCUUCUCGACCCCAGUAUGGGCAUCAGCGACCUCCUCGGGCGCAGAAAUAAGCGCGGCGAGAACGUGCUACACAUAGCCUCCCAUCUGGGUAAGGCCGAGGUCGAGCUUUUCCUCAAGGCUGGGGAGGGCCUCGACGUCACGGCCCGGGACUAUAAUGGAGACACGCCGCUGCAUAGGGCCGCUGAUCUUUGGAACGCCGACGUCAUCAAGGCACUCCUGGCCACCGGCCGUGUCAUCGACGUCAACUGCGUUAACAAACAUGGCCAGACACCCCUUCAUCUGCUGGCUACGUCCAACUAUUGGAGACGUCACUUUUACUCUGGCGCAACCGACCUGCCUGAACUCGACUGUGGGACCGAAGCUUUGGAGUCGCAGAUCAGGGACUCGCUGCGUGCCCUCGUGCGGAGUGGGGCGGACCUAAAGGCGCGGGAUCUAGACAGGGGAGAAACGGCUUGCGAAAUGAUAGCCGGUAUGAUGCUGGAGGUCACCGAUUGGGGGGGAGGACCGCAUUGGAUUUAUCCAAACCGACCUGAUUUCUAUAGGGCUUUUCUCCCUCGCUUACAGAAGGCGUUUAAAGACAUAGAGUUGGAGCUGGGUGGGGGAUCUGGGUAGGUAGUUAGCUACACGAGUGACUUGGUGCCAGGGAUCUAUUGCAGCUCAAAGACUUGACUGUUCGUUGUUUAACACCAAGGUCAAGGGGGCAUGUCCAUAUCACAAGAUAUUUGGGAAAUUAUCUAUUCUUUCAUGUGUACCCUUAUAAUGGAGUUCUCAAAUGUGUACUCAACCAAGUGGUCCAAGUCAGGUAGUGUAACGAAGCUGGUAAUACGAUAGGAGGGUUGGCUUGGUGCUACAGGAACGAAAUGACGACGCCAACACUGCACAAGAGCGUGCUG